CUGGGAUAGAGACUCUCGUUCAUCAUGCGCGGAGUUUAGACAAAGAGCAGAAGAACAAAGCAGGGGAUACGCCAUCGAUUGCUGAGACCUCAACAAGGGGAAAGACUAGGAUCAACUUCGAUUAGACGACGGGACUGCUUAUUGGCAUUGUGCCAGCAAGAAAUGAUUUCUGAAUAUGUCGGCGAGAUCGAAGAACUUCCGCCUGACUCGCGAAUGAGGUCGGGACAGCGAUACCGCAAGUAUCUCUACCAUACAGCCCGAGCGGCAAUAUGGACUGCUAAUGUCUAUUAUCUUGUCCGCUUGCUUACAAUUUUGCUGGAGCCUCAGCAAUCCUGGCAAAUGUGGUUAAUGUUGGCUAUAGAAGCUAUAUUUGGUCGCUUGUCUUAUCAAGAUCAGCGCCUCACCGUUGCGGCCGGUGGGGAACCUGAACGCGGGCCGCGAAAAAGGCUACGGCUCAAGGGUAGCCAAAAUCUGCCACGAGUCGAUGUCUUGAUCCCUUGCUGCGGUGAGCCAGCUAGUGUGAUCUUGGCCACCGUUCGCGCUGCCUGCACUAUGGACUACCCAGAGUCUCAGCUAAGAGUACUUGUCCUUGACGAUGGCGCUUCACCCGAGCUACGUGAUGCUAUCUCGGAAUUGCAUUCUAAGUGGCCUUACCUCUUCUACCACACACGUGGCAGGCAGUCAGGUCGAGUAUUUGCCAAAGCCGGAAAUCUGAACUAUGCACUGUUCACUGUCCAGAAGGAUACUCCACCGGAGUUCUGUGCUAUCUUGGAUGCGGAUUCUAUCCCAAAGCCAGAGUUUCUGAGAGCAACACUUCCCCACUUACUUCUAAGCCCCCAGGCAGCGUUGGUCACUACCAGGCAAUAUUUUGACAACCUUCCUGCUGGGGACCCCCUCUCGCAAUCUCGCCUUCAUUUUUACACCUGCCAGAACGCCGAACUAGACCGCUGUGGACGUGCUAUUGAUGCAGGAUCAGGGGCAGUGUUCCGGCGCAACGCAAUCAUUGAUGUUGGUGGGUAUCCCACGUUUUCAUUUUCGGAAGAUUGGCAGCUUUCCCUGAUCUUACGGGGCAUGGGUUACCGUACUGUCCAAGUACAAGAGCCGCUGCAAUUCGGGCUCGUUCCCACAUCCCUUGAAGGGCACAUUGCUCAGAGAAACCGAUGGCACAUUGGGCAUUCCCAGCAGCUGUUUGCCUUACAGCCACCGACUAGCAGUUCCCUGCCACGGAACCUUCAGUGGAGUAUUGCAUGCGGUGGUUUGGCUAUCACCCUGGGAUUGGUAGGCCACGUCAUCGGAUUUGGUGCUGUUCCUUGGCUUUUAAUGUCCCGGUCACUCAUCCCCGCCUCUUCUUCCUUCCUGAUCAAGGCUCAGGUGAUCCUGGGCUUGCUUCAUAUCUCUACAAUGUGGGCGUACGGGUGGCUCCAGACUGCCCAUGCGGGAAUCCGAGGUUCCCCAUUUUCGCAGUUGGAAAAUAGUUGGCUAGCUGGCGCACACCUAUCUGCCGUCAUACGAUUUCAUUUCAUUUCGAGCGCUCCCAAAGGAUCAUUUGUCACCGGAAGCAAAGAAAACUCCUGGAAUCGCAUCACGAAGUCUUCAUUUUAUAAAAUGCUAUAUCAGGAUCUGUGGCAAAACGGCAUUUUGCAAAGCAUCUGCCUGCUUGUCGCUACAAUUGCUGCGAUGUUAUUGUCAACAUGGACAACACUGACCACUAUCGACAGUGAGCUAUUGACCACGCAUUUACUUACCACCGUUGCCUGGCCGCCACUGUUGCACAUUUGCUAUCUGACCAUUACUAACCAUUGGGUGCCGGUUGCAUACCUGUUCAGCCCUCCCGUUUAUCCGGCGCGGCCGUCUUAGAUGGCUGUACUGGUUAGCAAAGAAGGUCCUAGAUGUAGACUCUAUGUUGUCCAACAACACUCACUGUGACAUUUAUUCUUGUUUUGCCUGACACUGUCGGACUUCAGAGCGUUGCUAACCCUCGCACUAUUGUUAUAAUAGUAGCCUUGGGGAGGACUCUUUCCAAUGCGGAAUGUUGCGAUGUUACCCGAGGUUGCUCGUUUCACUGACAUUGCUACUUGGUGCUAAUCAGAAAGGCAGUAUAAGCGUAGUGCAUGUCUGAUCUGUCUCUGAAUUUAUGUUGUCUGUUCUAUCUAUCUAUUAUUUUCUUGUUAAUCUCGCUAUCCUGAUUUUCAUGAUCUCUAA